CGUUUCUGCGAGAGAACGGCACCGUUAUUUUAUUAGCCGUUUAUUAGCGCCCCCAUGGCCCAUGGCCGGCGCACCGGGAGCGCGAACACUGGCAGCGGCAGGCAGGCACCACCAUGCUCGGCGCCGUCCUCCGGAUGCGGCUCCGCGUGCUCCGCCGCCACCUCCGCCUCCGCCUCCACGGCCGCAGGCGGCGGCGGCGCUGUCGGUCCCGGAGAGGGGGCGGCGGCGCGGCGGGGGGCGAGGAGGAGGGGGUGCGCGAGCCGGUGCUGCUCGUGUCCGGGAUGGGCGGGUCGGUGCUGCACGCGCGGCGGCGGUCCGACCCCAAGUUCGACCUCCGGGUCUGGGUGCGCAUCCUCCUCGCCGACCUCGAGUUCAAGAAGUUCCUCUGGUCGCUCUACAACGCCAAAACCGGGUAUGUGGAGUCGUUGGACGACGAUGUGGAGAUUGUGGUGCCGGGCGACGAUCAUGGCCUCUUCGCCAUCGACGUUCUCGAUCCUUCCUGGUUUGUAGAGCUACUGCAUCUGACUAUGGUGUAUCAUUUCCAUGAUAUGAUUGAUAUGCUCCUUGACUGUGGAUACGAGAAAGGAACAACACUAUUUGGAUAUGGUUAUGAUUUUCGUCAAAGCAACAGGUACAAUCCUCUAAAUCAACACUUAAGUGGGUUCAUUUGGAUGCUAUAAUCAGUAGCAUAAAAAGUGGCUUAGCCUAAAACAUGUGAGAAAUGAGAUCGUCCACGACAAACGACCACCGCCGGUUGAAGCCUUGACCAGAUUCCUAAGCAGCUACAUCAACUCAUUGCUGGCCGUCCAGGCGUACCCUCAUGGAGAUCAUAUCAAAGGAAAGAUGGUGGCUGCGCCACUGCCCAGCAGGAAAUUGUUAUCAUAUGUACAACAGGAAAAGCCACCAGCACUAAAAUGGGAGGCACCGCCGGCCGGCUGGGCAGCGCUCAACAUAGACGGGUCCUUCUCUGCUAAGAGCAUCUCCAACAGCCGCGCAACGCGCCGCGCGCAAAAAACGCAUUUGGCGCGCGCCGUUCGCCUGGUUUGGCGCGGCCGACAGCGGUGGCUUCAGCAGAUGCGUCAAAAUUGAGCGCGCGUGCGUAGCUCCAGCGGCCGCACUAAAAUGCAGCGCGCGCUAAACAUUGCGUACAUUUUUUUAAUAAAAUGAUAAAUAAAAUUCAUAGAUAAAAAAAACGAUACAUAGAUAUUUUACAUAGUUCCAUAGCAUAGAUAGAUAGAAAAACUACUACUAAAUAGUGCAACGACAUAAAAAAAAACUACUAGAUGGUGCAACUACAUACGCAACUACAGCCUACUCCCAGUCGUCAUCGUCAUCGCCGCCAUCCUCGCUGGUCUGGUCCGAGGUAUCGAUCCACAUGUCCAACCAACGGUCAUCAUCAGCCGAAAAGAUCGACUUCCCACCAUUUUGAACGAUGUCGCCCUGCGAUAUCGCUAGAGCCUUUCGCCGACGCCUAUCCAACCGCUCGUC